AGUUGAAGUUGGCUGUGUCCCUCGAGUUUGAUUGGAAUGAAGAGUGCCACUUAACUAAUCGGUUGCCUUAACCCCACUAAUCCUUCAUCUGACAUCUCUCAAAAAAAAUUUUAUUUAAUAUUCUCAAUUUUUAAGUUGCCUUUAAGCGAUAAUGUCGGAAUCGGAGCCCAGGAAUGCGUUUGUCGUCGUUCUUCAGGCCCUUUUCCGAGCGAUUGAUGGUCCCACUACAUGGUUUCGAGAAAAGGUUGUCGAACCGAACCAGCAACAGUAUCCCUGGUAUCAUCAGAAAUUCCGAAGGGUUCCGACAAUAGAUCAGUGUUAUACUGAUGAUGCUGUGUGCAUUUAUGAGGCUAACCAGCAAUAUAGACGCGAUAGAAAAGUAGAUACCGAAAUACUCACCAUUCUACGUUCAAGAUUUGAAGAUUGCGUUAUGUAUGAAAGCCCUGAUCAUGUGACGAAAUGUGCCGAUAUUAAUAGAGUUUACCAAGAAUCCAUCACCAACUGGUUUACGAAAUAUGGUGAUAUGGGAUUGUAUCACGAUGCCCAAACCGCCCUAUCGAAGCAGAAGCACCGAAUGAUUUGGGAGCGCAGGUACGGACCUGUGGGGUGCGGUAAAACCCGUAAAUUUCCCCAGGAGUAAUAGGAAAAUUAACUCCCCUAGAAUGAAGUUAGAUUUAUUAACCGCCUUUGGGUUGUUGAAUUAAAAGCGGUGUCUACAGUCAUUGGUGGAAAAUGGUGUAGUGUGUCCCAUUAAAAUAAACGUUUUAAAAAUA